CCAUUCGAUAACUUUAUAUAAACGAGCAGGCGUACAAAAACAUUUGAUUUGCAUUUUUUUCCAAGUCCGACACGUUUAUCUGGCCUGGAACUACAUUUUAUUCACGAUUUGCAGAAAUAACAAAAGUUGCCCAAUAAUUCGAAUUAAAAUAAUACAUAGCAACCAAGAUGAGCGGAGCGGAAAAGGCCUUAGAACUGCAACGCCAGGUGCGCCGAAAUGCAACGGACUAUGCCAAUUCCGUGAAAGAUCUCUACUCGUGGGAGCGGGACAUCAAGAACAAGGAAAAAGAGCUGAAGAAUGCGCCCGCCGCUGCCGCCAAUAUUAAUCUUCCGGUGCGCAGUCAUGUGGAGAAGACGGGCAAGGCGGGUAAAGAGAGCCCCAGCAGCUCGGCGGCCAGUACACCGACUGAGAAACAAGAUUUGCCAGUGGAUCCUGUGGCCCAUCAGCAUAAAAAAGCCAACGAUAUAAAGGACCGUGGCAACAGCUAUGUCAAGCAGGCGGAUUACGACCGAGCCAUUGAAGCCUACACCGAGGCCAUCAAUGUGUAUCCCUACGAUCCUAUUUAUUAUAUCAACAGAGCUUUAUGUUACAUUAAACAGGAAAAGUUUGUUGACUGUGUUGAGGACUGUGAGGCCGCCAUAGGUCUGGACAACCUGUGCGUCAAGGCAUAUUACAGGCGAAUGCAGGCCAACGAAUCCCUCGGCAACAAUAUGGAAGCGCUCAAGGAUUGCACAACCGUCCUGGCCAUUGAGCCCAAAAAUCUUGAGGCCAAAACAAGCUUAGCCCGCAUCAACGAACGUUUGCGCAAAAUAGCCACUAAAGGUGGCCCAAAUUUUACCCCCGAUCGUGCCGAUUUGGUGGACGUCCUGCCAUUUGAUAAACCUGUUUACAAGCGAUCCAAGCGGCCUAUGCGCAGGGUGCCGAUUGUAGAUAUUGUUUCACCCCGCGCCGCCAGCGACGACAGCAAAAGCCUACGCAUUUCCGAUGAGGACAUCGACAAAAUCUUUAACAGCAAUUGUGGUGUAUUCGAGGAGGUUAAGAAGACCGAUAUAAAACAAAAAGAAACUAAGAAAAGUCCACCAAAGGUGGUGCCAGUGGUUGAGACUGCCAAGGAAGUGAAAAAGGAGAUAAAACCUAAUACACAAAAAGUCAAGGCAGUUGAUGAGACCCCCAAACCGCAGCCUUCCUCUUCAGCACCAAAGAUCAUACAAAGUGUCGUUUCCGAAACUAAACCUGUUCAAAAAAUCGUACCAAAGCAAGAGGAUAUUGUGAAAACUUUAAAGGGGCCGGAAGUCAAACCAGUAGAGCGAGAUCUGCCGCCGCCACCUACGGGCACAGCUCAGUUUCAUGUUACAUGGAAGGAGCUGGCUCCAUCACAAAAGUAUCAGUAUCUUAAGUCAAUCGAGAUUGCGAGUCUGUGCCGUAUCCUGGGUGCUGGCUUUGACUCUGAAACGUACACGGAUCUGCUGCGCACACUUCAGGACUAUUACGUACCCAAUAAGGAGCCCACAACAGCAGCGGUGCUGCUGGAGAUCAGUAGAAACGACGAGUUCACCAUUCUGGCUAUGCUUAUGUCAGCGGAGGAAAAGAAAAUGGUAACGUCCAUCUUGAACGAAAUUAAGAACUGGCCGAACAACAAUCCUACGGUUCUGGAAAAGCUCUCGAAGGCGUACAGCGUGGGGUAAAAACAUGCGUGGCUUAUUUUUCAAUGUACUUACAUUGCUUCAAUCGUUAGCUCAAGAAAUCCUAUCCUCCAAAAAUUAAAGAAUGUGCAGAAACGUUGCCUAAUAUGUUACAGAACGAACUGUGUAUUAAUUUAAAUCGGCUUGGAUAAAAAUUAGUUACGCCA